UUUUUUUUAGGGAUGAAUCUUCUAAUAUAUUUUCUUUUUUUUUUUAAUCUUAUAAAAAAUGUAAUAUCACUUUAUGGUUCAAAAGAUCAAAUUCAAGUAUUAACGAGUAAAAAUUUUUUUAAUUUUGUUAAAGAUUCAAAACAUCUUUCAAUUGUGGAAUUUUUUGCUCCAUGGUGUGGUUAUUGUCGAGAAUUAGCACCUAUAUAUAAGAAAUUUGCAGAAGAAGUAUCAGAACUUAUAAAUGUGAUUGCAAUAGAUUGCAAUAAUCAUCAAAGUAUUAAAAUAUGUGAACGUUAUGAAAUUAAAGGAUUUCCUACAAUAAAAUUUUUUAUUCCUCAAAAAGGAGCAGAACCAAAAGUUGAAAAUUAUGAAGGUCCAAGAACACUAAGAGAUUUGAUGUUAGUUUCUACAUCAAAAAUACCGAAUUAUGUUAAAAAAAUAACAGAUAAUAUUGAACUUUUUUUAGAAAAAAAUAAUAUGGAAAAAAAAAUUAUAUUAUUUACUAACAGAAUGGAUCCAAAUGGUUUCUUUAAAACUCUUGCAUUGGAUUUCUAUAAUCAAGUACAAUUUAUUUUGAUUCAUCAAAGUUAUAAAAAGGCACUAGAAUUGUUUGAGAUAACCAAAUUUCCAACAAUUAUUUUCCUUCAUAAAAAGGAUAAACCAGUAGUAUAUUCGGGUAAAUUAGUUUAUAAAGAAAUCUACGAUUUUAUCAAAAAUUAUGUGUUAGGUGAAACACAAGAAACAGUGAAUAGUGAACCUGUAGAAGAACCUAAAGAGAAAAAAUUUUCACUAACGGAAUUAAAUUCAGAAAAUGAAAUAUUUGAAAAAUGUAUUUUUAAAAAGGGUAUUAGUAUAGUUGUAUUAUCCAAUUCUGCGUCAAAUUUUUAUCUCCUUAGUCAAAUUGCUAAAACUUAUAAUAAAUUUUCAUAUUAUUUCAUUGAUAAAUCCAACGUGGUUUUUUCUUCUUUAUUAGAAUUAAUUCAAAUAUCAUUUGAGGAGUCCGAAAUUAUAUUACUCAAUGGACAAAAAGGAUGGUAUGUUACACUUCAAGGAAAAAAUGCAAAUGAAAUUUUAAAAGUAAUAUCAACAGUAAUGACAGGAGAAAAUAUAGAAAAGAAAAAGUUGGAUUUAAAUUUAAUUAAUAUGAUAUCUAAAGUCAGAAGAGAUGAGCUAUGAUUAAAAAUUAUAAAUGCUUAUCUAAUAAAAAUUCAUUUAAGG